UGGCAUGAAUUUACGUUAUUUGGGUAUUAAGUAUUCAUAUGAUAUUUACUUUAUAAGGUCACGGGGCCAUUGCCAUUUGAGUCUUCUGGAAGGAUUUCCUGGUAGAUAGAUAGUAGCUUUUUUUAUAUGGGGAUUGGUGUGAUUUUGAAGGCGAUUCCUAAAUCUUUUGUAAUACAACUUGGCUGUAUCAGUGACUUUAGGAACAUGAAGAUCUGAAUGGAGAGUGUGGUUUGAAAUAUAUGGUGGAGCAUUGGUUAUGAAUCUGAAAAUGUUUGGUUAGAGCACUUGUAUUUUUCGUGUAUUUGAUAAUUUUGCUGUGCCCCAGACUUGAAUACCAUAGAGCCAGAUAGGUUUAAAUAGAAGAUUAUAGAUGUGACUAUGGUGAUAUAAGAGUAUAGACUUUUUGAAUCAAUACAUUAUUAGUAAUAAUUGAUAAUGACGUCAGCUUCCAGCACAAGUGCUAGAUCCCUUUUUGGCGAUUCCAAAAAUUUGUUGAGUGAACGGGUAAAGUUAAACAUUAAUAAUAUGUCAUCAGUUAUCAAGCAAAUCCACAGAAGUUCCAAGAGUCAUGAAAUGUUAAAUCAAACGGUAAAAAGUCUCGCAUUCCUUGAAUCUAAUAUUGACCGUACUGAGCAUAAUUUAAAUCAAUUGAGAAACGUUUCUACCAAUUUCAACCAACAAUAUGGGGAAUUCAAAAGAUCCAUACAACUUAUUGAAGAAGUAAAGGAACAUGUACAAACUAUGCAAAGAUAAAUACAUAUAAAAAAAAAAAUUGUUAGUAGAUGCAUAUCAAAUUUGUGAAUUAAUUUUGUAUAAUGUAAUAAUAUAACUAAUUAAAUAAUAAUGUUAAGUCAAUUUAAUUUUGUAUAUAGAAGUAUAACUGUAUAAAUAUUAUAUACACAUAAAUUCAAAAUGAAAAAAUAUUUGUUUUUUAUCUACUUUUGUCUUUUUACUCCUACUUUCUAGUAAUCAAUGUAAAAAAUUGUUUAAAAACUGUGACAAAAACAUAUUAAGAGGGCACCAUGCCCACAUGCGUUCUCUGUCUUACAAACGCAUAACAUACCAAAUUAUACAUUCGGCAGAUCACGUUUAGCUCUGUUAGUUUAAAAAUUAGAGUGAAUUGACUUAUUGUGUGACCUAUAAGUGUAAAUGAAAGAUUUUAAUAAACUGUGUUAAAAAUGUAAAAUUUUA